UCUUCUGUGUGUGUGUGUGUGUGUGUGUGUUAGCGCCGGGCUUGUGCUGUAGUAAGUGUUUUGCGAUGCUCUCCUCUUAAACUCUGCGUUAUUGCGGAAUCAGCUGCCGGUGUCCGUGUAUGAGUGAAGAUGCAUUAGAGACGCCUGUGUUCCUCACGGGACCACCGUCUCGCUGUACUGUCGAACCCUGAGCCCAAACCCCGGUGGUGUCCGCUGUGCUCCAGAACCAUGUGAGGGCUUUCCGAUGCAUCUGUGAGUGGACUGGAGCACUGCCUGUAACCCCGCCCCAGUUUUUACAAGGCCCGCCCCUCCCUUCAGCCCCGCCCCCGAGCGUGAAGAGACUCGCCAUGAUGUUCCGGGAUCAGGUGGGCAUUUUGACGGACUGGUUUAAGGGCUGGAACGAGUGCGAGCAGACGGUGGCUCUGCUGUCGCUGCUGAAGCGGGUUUCUCGGACCCAGGCCCGGUUUCUGCACAUCUGUCUGGACCACUGGCUGGCCGACUGCACAGAGAUACACAUACUGGAGGCCGAAGCCAACAAUGCAGCCAUCGUCAGCCAGUGGCAGCAGGAGCCCAAGGAGAAGGUGGUGUCUCUGCUGCUGUCGCAUCUGCCCCUGCUGCAGCCGCGCAACAGCGAAGCCAAGUGCGAGUACAUGCAUCUGCUGCAGAAGGUGCUGAGCCACACCAUCGAGAGCAGCCUGUUUGUGGAGGAGAGCCGGCAGCUGCUGUCCUACGCCCUCAUCCACCCGGCCACCACGCUGGAGGACCGCACCUCGCUGGCCAUGUGGCUCAACCACCUGGAGGAGCAGCUGUCUGCGCGGCCGCCGCCCCCCGGGCCAUACCAUCACUGCCGGCAGGGGUCGGACGAGUGGCCCUGCUCCGCCGAGGCUCUGGAGAGCGGCUACAGCUGGCAGGAGAAGCUGCCGUCCACAUGCAGCUCGCCGGCCGCACACAACGGACACAUGCCUUUCCCUACAGCAGGUGGAGUCAGCUCACCUGUCAACAGCAGCACAGGACUGCCUGGUCAGGUGCAGCCGAGCCCGCUGAAGCCCUCGAUGUCACUCACGCCUGCCAAUCAAACAGCCUGCAGCUCUGAUUGGCUGAAUCAGGAUGAGGGCGUGGUCUGUCAGGGCAUGUCUGGGGCUGAACACGCCCCCCUCUCUCCGCAGAGCAGCGUGGCGUCGUCCGGCAGCGAGCAGACGGAGGAGCAGUCCAACAUGCGCAACACUUUCCAGGAGGACGGCAGCGGCAUGAAAGAUGUGCCGGCCUGGCUGAAGAGUCUUCGUCUGCAUAAAUAUGCAUCGCUCUUUUCUCAGAUGACGUACGAAGAAAUGAUGAUUCUCACAGAGCAGCACCUGGAGUCGCAGAACGUGACAAAGGGAGCUCGGCAUAAGAUCGCUCUGAGCAUACAGAAGCUACGAGAGCGGCAGAGCGUCCUGAGGUCUCUAGAAAAGGAUAUUCUGGAAGGCGGGAACGUCCGGAAUGCUUUACAGGAGCUUCAACAGAUCAUCAUCACGCCAAUCAAAGUCUAUGCCCCGCCCACUGCUGCCCAGAAGGAGGUGGAGCCUGGAGUUACACCUUUGGAGAAGGCAGCCAAUCCCGGUGAAGAGAAGGAAACGGAGAGCUUUCAGACCCACAAUCCCCCAGCUUGUGACGGAGAAUCUUCAUCUCCACCCAUCGCUGACGGAGACAUCACAGGACAGUUCACACGCGUGAUGGGGAAAGUGUGUACGCAGCUGUUGGUGUCCAGGCCGGAUGAGGAGAACAUCAGCUGUUACCUGCAGCUCAUAGAGAAAUGUCUGACACACGAGGCGUUUACAGAGACGCAGAAGAAGCGUCUGUUGUCGUGGAAGCAGCAGGUGCUGAAGCUGCUCCGUCUGUUUCCCAGGAAACCCAUGAUGGACAGCGCAGUGUACCGGAGAGGGUGGCCGGCGUACGGCUCUAACUCUCUGCCCACAGCUGGAUCUGUGAGUGCGGGUUUGGGCCGGCGAGGGCAAAGAGCCUUCCAGAUCCCCCCACGAGGAGCUCCUCCAUCGGGACGCAUCAGUCUGAUGACUGCUGGAGCUCUGAGCGGAGCGUCCCCGCGACACACACUCGCCAACCCCUCUGCUGUCAGCACGCAGGGACGACAGAACCUGUGGUUUGGGAAUCCCGGCGGCAGCAACAGCAUGCCGAGUCAGAGCAGAAGUUCAGUCCAGAGAACUCACUCACUUCCUGUUCACACGUCUCCUCAGACCAUGCUCCUGUUCCAGCAGCAAGAAUGCCAAGUUCCAGGGACUGAUCUGGAGAUCAACCCCACGCUGGAGUCUCUGUGCCUCAGCAUGACAGAGCACGCCUUAGGAGACGGCAUGGACCGAACGUCAACGAUAUGAACAUGGAGAGCUGAAGAGGAUUCUGGAUGUCUGCGUCAUCCGGCCGUGCUCCAGUAGCCCAGCACACACACACACACACACACACAGCAGUCACUACAGAUCACACACACACACACACCACUAACUGUGUAUAUGUUCUCUAAUAUUUUUCUACUUUAUUGUACUUAACUAAGUUUAUUAUAAAGGAAAUACAGAAAACUAUUAUAUUACGGAAGGGAGAGCAGGAAGUGGAGUGAGCGAGCGAGCGUUCUGAUUGGCCGUGAGGAGGAAUGGUGCUGAUUAAGGGCUCCGGGGCCUGGCCGUUCAUCUAGAUGUGCGUUUACAUCACUUCCUGUGUCCAUCUGCCUGCAUGAACUCUGGUGACGGACUUCCUCCUGUGGCUUUGGUUGGUUUCUUGUCUCUGUCCAGGUACAAGAGAUGUUCUUAGCACUUAUAUCUCCACGUACAGAUGUUUACCGGCCGCCAGCGUCUGUAAAUACAGCAGCAAAUCAGACUUUAUCCAGAUGAUUUUUAUAUAUGCGCAGAUCUAUGAAGCCAAGAGUGUGAGAGAGAUCGAGCUGUGCUCAUCCGCUGCGUUUGCUCCGCCCUAACCCCCCCUCCCCUCCGCGACUGACGGCCAAUCACAGACUCACUGAUGCAAAAACCCACCAAUCAGAUUCCUUCUCAUGCCAGAGGUUCGAGCGGUGCUUCAGAUCCGUCACUUGUGUUGUUGUGUUUGUCCUGGAAUGGUACAGUCUGUGAAAUCUCCAUUCGGCCUUACGGAGCAUCAGAGCGGCGCGUACGUGUGUGUGUGUGUGUGUGUGUGUGUGUGUGUGUGUGUGUGUGUGUGUGCGUGUGUGUUUCUGUUUUAUACGUCUCUCAGAGGCUGCUCUGUGUCUAGUAAAUCUUUAUUGACUGAUAUCCAGCUUGUUUGCUUCAUUGGUGUAAUGGUUCAGUCCGUGUGUCAGGUCACUGCCGUGUGUGUGUGUGUGUGUGUGUGCAGAACACGUCCCAAACGCCACUAAAUCAACAGUAGGAGACGUUUUUCACAGAGGUAAAUGACCGGCUUCAUUGACUCUGUGAGAAAUUGUGUUCUAUAAUGUAAUCAAGUCAUUUCAUUAAUGCACACCUGAUAUUUAUAUUUAUAUAUGAGACUGUAAAGCACAUUCCAUUGGCAAAAACACACUGAAUUUAGAUUUUUAAUUUUUAAAAGUUGACUACAGUGAUGAGAAUAUGAUGAUUAUUAUUAUUAUUAUUAUUAUUAUUAUUAUUAUUUUUGUUAAAUAAAUGAAAUUAAAUCUAAGAAGUAAUGCAGAUGCAGUAUUUAGAGUGGAAUUUAUUCAUUAAUUUUAGUGUUUAUAAUUAUAUUCAAUAAUAUCUAACAGAUCAUUCUGAUGCAAAGUCCAGAUCAGAUUUAUUUUCUAUAUAUAUAUAUUGGGUGAAUAAUUAUAACUAAAAUCUAACAUGAGUAAUGCAGAUGCAAUAUUUUGACCAAUAUUGAUUAAUUAUUAUUGUUUUUUUUCUAAUAAUUAUAAGCUAAAAUAAUAAACUCUAACACAAAUAAUGCUGAUGCUGUCCAGAUCAGAUUUAUUUGUACUAUUAUUUAUUGAUGAAUAAUUAUAAAGACUAAGAUCUAACAUGAGUAAGGCAGAUGCAAUAUUUUAAUUAAUGAAGAUUUAUUUUGUAUAAUUAUAGACUAAACAUUUACUAAACCCUAACACAUAAUACUGAUUCUAUGUCCAGAUCAGAUUCAUUAUUAAUAUUAGUAUUUUUAUUUGAUAAAUCGAACAUAAAUAAUGCAGAUGCAAUAUUCAGACGGGAAUUUGUUUGUUAUUAUAUAUAUAUAUAUUUAAUAAUUAUAGUAACUAAAAUCUAACAUAGAUAAUGCUGAUGCAAAGUCCAGAUCAGAUUUAUUCAUUUUUUGAUAAAUAAUUAUGACUAAAAUCUAUAAUAAAUAAUGCAGAUGCAAUAUUCAGACCAAUAUUGAUGAAUUAUUAUUGUUUUUUUAAUAAUUAUAGACUAAAAAUGAACUAAACUCGAACACAAAUGAAGCUGAUGCAAUGUCCAGAUUUAAUUUAUUAUUAGUAGUAUUUUUAUUUGAUAAAUGGAACAUGAGUAGUGCAGAUGUAGUAUUCAGACGGGAAUUUCUUUGUUAUUUUGUAGAUAUUUUUGUUUAAUAAUUAUAGUAACUAAAAUAACUUUGAUGCAAACUCCAGAUCAGAUUUAUUAUCAUUAUAAUAUUUAUUUGAUGAAUAACUUUAAGUCAUCAAAUCUAAAGAUGCGGAUGCUGUGUUUUUAUCUGGUAAUGUGCUUGAUGGUCAUGUUUUUAGUGGUGUGUCAGACGUUAGUUCUGGUGUGCGUGUGUGCGUGUGCGUGUGUGCGUGUGUGUGUGUGUGUGUGCGUGCGUGUGUGUGUGUGUGUGUGUUCACUCAGGAUCAUCAUCACACUAUGCAACAGCUCAGAGUUUCCUGUUUUUCCGUUGGCUCAGAUGUGGAUCAUUGCUGAUAGCAGACCAAACCAAGAGAGGCGUCGCUGGUGUGUGUGUGUGUGUGUGUGUGUGUGUGUGUGGAUCAGCCUGGUGCUGCUUCAUCCUUCAGUCUCUGUGGUUCCCCAUUGGCUGGUUUUCGGGGUCCGGGACCCUGAAGAGGAAACGCUCACUGCAGCUUCCUGAUUAAUGGAGGAAACCAUUCCAAAGAUGUGCUUUAACAGCAGACGCGCUGGCCUCUGGUUUACCUGUCUGUCUGCACGUCUGGAUAUCUGUCUCUCUCUCUCUUUUUCUUUCUCUUCGUCUGUGUGUCUGUCCUUCCCUCUUUUUCUGUGGCUGUCUGUUGAAUUGAGUCUUAAUCUCUUUUUAUCUGUCUGUCCGUCGGUCUCAGUUUUUCUCUCUCCAUCUGUCUAUCCAUCUAUCUGUCUGUCUAUCCAUCUGUCUUUCUCUCCAUCUCUCUCUUAGUCUGUCUGUCUGUCUCUUUCUUUCUGUCCAUCUUUCUUUCUCUUGUUUUUCUGUCUGUCUUUAUUUUUUCUGUCUUACUCUCUUUUUGUCUGUCUGUCUUUCUUUCUCUCCAUCUGUCUGUCUUUGUCUAUCCGUCUGUCUCUCUCCAUCUCUUGCUCUUCUUUUUGUUUCCUCUUCAUCUGUUUUGUCACUCUUUUUCUCUUUUGUCUCUCUCGCCAUCUCUCCGUCUCUCUCUCCGUCUGUGUGUCUGCAUGUCUCUCUCUCUCUCCGUCUGUGUGUCUGCAUGUCUCUCUCUCUCUCUCUCCAGGUUCUCUUUGCUUUAUUGUCGCUGCAUUAUUAUUCACAGCAUCACCAAAGCAUUUUAAAUGUUUAUUAGAGAAAUAAGGAAUAUACUCGCACUUAUAAAACAUUGAGUAAAGCACAGAAAUAAAGGAACCAAAGCAGACCAUAGCUCUGAUAUUAAUAAGAAUAAUCACGAUUAUAAACACUGUAGAUUAUUUUAAUAAAUAAUUGCAGUGCAUUAAUCAUUCAUUAUGAGGAUGUGUACAUGUAUCUGUGCCUAGUUCAGCUGAUAUCUCUCCAUAUGUCUGAGUAGCUCUCUCAUUUGUCAAUAAAGCAACUUGAACUCUCUCUCUCUCUCUCUCUCUCUCUCUCACUCUCUCUCUCUCU